CGCUGGCUGGUGCGUCUGUCUGUCUGUCUGUCUGUGUGUGUGUGCGUGUGGAUGGGUGCGUCUGUUUAGAGGAUCUCCUGCCGGUUGUCGUAGGCCGUGCGGGCACGCUUCGGCACAAAAGCCUCUGAAUACACACGCACACACACACACACCUGUGGAGAAACUCUAGUGCCGUCUUAUCUGUCUGUGUGUCGUGUGUACCUUUUCUGGAGUGGAGGCGCUUGCUGUCGGCGUCCACCACCACCUGACGCACACACACAGCACACAAAUGGAAUAUGUCGCCAAUCCAUCCAUCCAUUUGUGUGUGGAGAUGUUGGCUCUUUGCUUUGUCGUUCACCUUUGGGACGACUUGGUUGAGUUGUUCUAGCCAGGUGUCUGACACCGACGGCCCCAGCCGCUGAAUUACGUCACGCACCUAUACACACAACACACACACACACACAGAUACACGACCAGGCAUGGCCGUUGGUUGGCUUAAUGCGUACAGUGAUUUGGAGCUCCAUCCGUGUGAAGGCGAUCUCCCGCUCCUGGUCACGCCACAAAUUGACACUGACAACACAAUCCCACAACACAACACAGCACAGCACACAUACGGCUGUAUCCAUGUGUGCGCUGUGUCGGCUGGUGUCGAGCGCAUCCCUUCGCCCUGCCCACCUUCUUAAAACAGACCCAAACAGCGUCCGGAUGGUCCUGAGAGGCAGGUGGCAUGGACCAACAAGACAACGAUCCGGUGUUUGUUUGUCGGAUUGCUGCGGGUGGGUCUGUGGUUUACCCACCUACCUACCUGAUGAGGGGAAUGACCUUCUCCAUCUGACGCAGACUCGCUGUGUUCACCACAGACAGAGAGAGAAGAUGUCACACACGCACGCACACACAGCAUCCCUGUCAGUCGAGAAGCCUACCAUAGUAAGCUGAGGGCAGUACGGCCAUACCCACAAUGACCGUCAACAGCCGCUCGUGCCAAUUGCUGCAUUCAUUCGACCAAAGAAUGGAUGGACACGGACACAACACAACACAACACAACACAGCACAGUGUGAAGGCACGGCGUCCGCUCACUCAGUGACUCACUCGAAGUAGAUGAAUCCGAAUAUGAGUGAGUAGAUGAGGUUGAACAGCGGCACCAUCACCAAAGCUACCAAAAUCUUGUAACUGACACACACACACACACACACACAUAUGCAGCGCCUGUCUGCAGCCAGCCAGCCUGCCGGUUCUGCCGCCCACCUUGCGAGCACAUCGGUGGCGCGGAUCUUGACCUUGGACUCCUUCAACGCCUACGUGCACGAACACAACACAACACAACACAAUGGGCUUGCUCCCUUGUCGAUCUGUGCUGUGUGUGUACCCACCUUGGCUUGAUGCAGGCUGGACUGCCGCCAGCAGAUCAUCCAUAUGGGGCCCCACAACACCAUCAACGGAGCACCCUGCACCACACACACACACACACACACGCGUGCCGUGUCUGUGUGCCAGGUCCAGUGUGGUUGUCUGUCCAGGCGAGUCAGCUGGUUCCCUUCCUCCCUCCCUCCCAGCCUCCCACUGACCAGUGUGACGCUGAGUAGGAGAAUGAGCACUCUGUAGAGCAGUGCUGUGAUGGACGAGAACAGGCUGACCCGCAGCCGCCACACCUGGUUGUCACUCACACCAUACGCCUUGAGCUUCGCACCUGCAGGCAGGCACACACCAGUGUGAUUGAUGCAUUCGUCAAUCAGCCAGUCACACACACACACGGCCACACACGGCCGGCAUCCAUUCUGUGUUGACCGACUGGACUGACCGUACAGCUUGAGCUUCCCCCGGAGGCUGUCGAUGUCGGGGCUCUCGCGGCACUUCUCCCACAAAGUGGAAAACCUGACACACACACAGAGACAAACACCUCUCUCUCUCUCUCUCUCUGUCUCUGUGUGUGUGUGUGUGUGUGCGUGUGCAGUGUUGUGUGUGCCUACAUUUGGCUCAUGACGAACAUGCUCUCGCGGGGCAGCUUCGUGCGGUCGGGCUUAUACAACGACUGCACACACACACACACGGAGAGAAGGGUCUGAGUGCGGUGCAGUGGGUGAGGUCCUGCUGACUGACCACGGAGAGUCUGAUGCACUUCUGCUCCUCGUAGUCGCCGGCCGUCAGUAUCACUCGACGCAGACUCUGAGCAACACACACCACACCAGAAUGCCCUCAGUGCUAUGAUAUCGUCUGGGUGUGUGUGUACCUUGUCGACAAUAGCGAGUAGCUCAUUGACGGCGUCGCGUCGCUCCUGGUCGUUCUGGUAGCGCUCAACCAGCGAAUCCUCCGGCUGAACAAAAAAGCACACACAUAGCACAGAUGCGUCCCCUCCGUCUCUAUGCAUGUGUUGAUCGACCGACGGCUGCGUGCCUGUAUGGGCAUGCCAAUCUCGAUGAUGGCCUGGCUGCGGAACCGGUGCGCCUGCCAGCCAGCCAUGUCAACACCACCAUAAUCUGUCAGGCAAUGGGUUGGUUCAAGCGCCGACCGGCUCACCUCGAAGUAGUUGAUUCCGACAGGCACGAUGGUGACGCCCUCGGCGCCCUCACUGAUGGACGAGAGGGCCAUGAUGGCCACCCCUGGCUUCAGCGGCAGAAGCGUCGUGCGGUCGUGGGAACCACCCUGAGCACAUGGACACACAGCCGUGCAGAAUAGGCGGCGGCGCGUUGGCAUGUUGGUUGAGGUAUAUAUUCACCUCGGGGAAUAUGCCGAUGCAUCCGCCUGCCCUCAGGUGGUCGUUGACGGCAUCGUACACAUCGGCCUGGUCCACCUUGGGCAGCACCUGCACACACCACAAGAGAAAGAGAGACACUCAACUCAGAAGACAUACAGAUGUAGUGCAGUCAAUGGACACAAUGGACACAAUGGACAGACACGCACACGGGUCGCUUGCCUUGAACUGUGCUCCGCCUUCGGGAGGCUGGUAGUCCUCGGGCACAGUAUCGCUGAUCUGCGCCUCGGUGUCCUACACACACACACACACACACACACACGUACGGUGUCUUCAUCUGCGUAUGUCUGUCUGCAUGGGUUGUGUAUGUAUGGUAGGUAUAAGGUCUGGACCGAUAAGACAUCAGCGAUGGUGACGGACGGCCCGCUGGUCUUGCCGUCGGGCUUCAUGGGCGACACCUUGUCGCCCGGCUUGAAGUCCAGACGAAAGGCAGUCUCCUCACCCUGCACCAACGACACCAUCCAUCCAUCAAGCCACCCACACCAUGGCGGCGUGCUGAAGGCAUGUGCGCCUUGUGGGGUUGGGCGGCUGACCUUGACGGUCUUGUCACCCGGCGUGAGAAUGAGCUUCCCUGAUUCAUUGAUUCAGACAGACAGACAGACAGACAGACACAUUCCAACACACCCACACACCCACACACCCAGGCCAUUCCUAUCCGUCAAUCAAUCGGGGUCUGGUUUGGUCUGAUGUGUUGUUUAUGGUUCCCUACCUUUGCCUUUGAAUGUGAGGUCCUGAGGCCUCUUGACGGGGAUGCACCCGGCACCCUUGCACAGCAUGCCUAUCACCGGACGGUGAAACGACUACACAAUCACACAAACACACGUACGUGUGGUGCAGCCGUCCGUCCACCCUGCAGUGUCCGCUUCCGAGUGAGUGACUGAGUGAGUGAGUGACCUUUGCGGCCACGAGAAAGGAUACGUCGCGGGGCAUCUUGCCAAUCAACAUGGCCCCGUCAACGAACUGAUUCGAGUGGUUGCCCACAAAGAUCACCUGCACAUAUCACAGCCACACAUUCACACAGACGGCCCCAGCUGUGUGCCGCGCCGCCCCAGUGCCGUCCGUUGUCACUGUGGACUCAUGUGUUGAUCUCACCGGUCCAUAGAGCGGGAUUCGCUCCAGGCCCACCACAUCCACCUCCCGAAAGAACACAUGCAGGAUCACUCUGACACACACACAGACAGACACACCGACAUAAGAUAAAACACACACCAGAUGAGCUUGCUCCUCUCUCUCUGUUUGCCUUUGUGUUUGUGUGUGUCGUUGUCUGCUCACUUGCAGCACCACUGCACCAGGGCGUAGCUGCCCGCCUCCCAGUCGACGAACGCCAUGUGUGUUGUGCGGCUCUUGACGUCUGCGGUUCAAGCCGGCUAUGGCACCAUCUGUAGCUGCCCUACGCGGCUCUGAUCAGCCUCCAUCUCAC